AUGCAGAGUGUGACUGAGGAGGACAUAACGACGGCGAUGCGCGGAAAUCUAUCUCAUGCGUCAAGUGUUUCGGAACAAGAGGAUGGCGGACACACUUCACAAACAAACGGGUCUACCCUCUCUUCUUCAACGGCAGAGCUCAGCGAGCAUUCGCAGUCCAGUACCAGCGAACUCAGCCGCACAUGGGUGCACUUCGCCAAGACCUUCGUUAUCAUCUUCCCUAUAUACGUUCUGGGAUACUUUGAGUUUAGCUUUAGUUGGCUUUUGAUCGCACUCACGAUAUUUUUCUUUUGGAGGAGAAACACGAGGUGUAAGAAUACGAGACUAAACAGGGCGUUCUCCUUUUUUGAGCAAAAGGAUACUGUUAAACAAGCGCUGGAAGCAACUGAUUUACCAUCAUGGAUUCAUUACCCCGAUGUGGAGAGAGUUGAGUGGCUAAAUAAGACGGUGAAACAGAUGUGGCCUUAUGUGUGUCAGUUUGUGGAGAAGGUGUUUAAAGAAACUAUCGAGCCAGCCAUCAAAGAAGUCAGUUCCCAUCUCAGCACGUUUAGCUUCAGCAACAUUGAUCUCGGAGAUAAGCCACUCAGGAUCAAUGGGGUCAAAGUUUACACCGAUAACGUUGACAAACGACAGAUCAUCAUGGACCUCCAGAUCAGCUAUGUUGGAAAUACUGAAAUCGAUGUGGAUGUCAAAAGGUACUACUGUAGAGCAGGGAUCAAAAGUAUACAGCUGCAUGGAGUGCUGCGGGUGAUUCUUGAGCCACUUCUGGGGAACAUGCCAUUUGUUGGUGCUCUCUCUCUCUUCUUCCUCAAGAAACCACUAUUAGACAUAAACUGGACAGGCCUCACAAACAUAUUGGACAUUCCUGGUCUUAAUGGCUUCUCCGACCACAUGAUUCAGGAUAUUAUCUGCAGUUACAUGGUGCUGCCAAACAGAAUCACUGUACCACUGAUAGGUGAGGUCAAACUGGAACAGCUCCGCUUUCCCAUGCCAAAGGGUGUUCUAAGGAUUAAUUUCCUCGAAGCACAAAAUCUAGAAGCUAAGGACACGUAUUUAGGAGGUCUAAUAAGACGUAAAUCUGAUCCAUAUGGCAGGCUGCUGGUCUGCAACCAGAACUUCAGAAGCAAGACCAUCAAAGCAUGUCUGGAACCCAAAUGGAACGAGGUGUAUGAGGCACUAGUUUAUGAACAUUCAGGACAAUAUCUGGAAAUUGAGCUUUUUGAUGCAGACCCGGAUAAAGAUGACUUCUUGGGCAGCCUAAUGAUCAACUUGAGUGAGCUUUAUGAGGAACAGAAGGUUGAUAAGUGGUUUGACUUGGAAGAGGUUGCUACAGGCAAGCUUCAUCUGAGAUUAGAGUGGCUGUCAUUGUAUCCAAGUGCUGAGAAACUAGAUCAAGUUAUGAGGACCAUAAGGAAGAAUGACAAUCUCUCCUCAGCUCUUUUAGUUGUUUACCUGGACUCUGCCAGGAAUUUGCCAAGGGUCUUUGAGGGCAGCUUUGGCUGUGGAAACCUGAACGAGAGGAGGGCAUCGGGUCUGGUCUUUUGUGAGAACUCUGAAACUCUCUGUACAACUUUACUUUCUGGGAAGAAAGUGAGCAUAGAUCCAAACCCAUUUGUCAAACUGACUGUUGGACAAACGACACACAAAAGCAAGGUGAAAUAUAAAACAAGUGACCCACUGUGGGAUGAUGCUUUUUCCUUCCUCAUCAACGACCCCCUCACUCAGAAACUGGAAGUAGAGGUGAGGGACAGUAAGCUAAAGUGCACCCUGGGUAGCGUGGUGGUACCACUUGCCUCUCUGCUGCAGGAGGUGGACAUGACGCUGAAUCAGCAUUUCCCCCUGCAGAGCUCUGGCCCCAGGAGCACCCUCAAACUGAAAAUGGCUCUCAGGGUUCUCUCUUUGGAGAAGGAGGUAACAUCUAGUCAACCAUCCUCCGCCCGAGUCCGAAAAACUAGCAGUUCACAUCCUCCGGCAGCCAGCACUACCACCAGCGACUCCACACCCACAGUCAUCCAGCCCCCUCCACCCGACACAGCUCAGGGGAAACAGGGAUCAGACGGCUCCCCUGUCCGCCUGGUGGAGGCACGUCACAGCUUUUCCAGUCUGGGGAUAAGCAGCUCUCACAGAGACUCGACGCACAGUCUGGCCUCUGACAUUUCAUUGCCCUGUGCCACACAGGAAUUACAGCAGAGAUUACAGAAACUGCAAAACGGUUCUGGGGUGAGUCAGUAUCCACUAGGUGAAGUUCAGCUUACUGUCAGACACAGCUUACAAAGGAACAAGCUCAUUGUAGUGGUUCAUGCCUGCCGAAACCUCAUAGCACUGACCAAAGAUGGCUCGGAUCCAUACAUCCGCCUGUACCUGUUACCAGACAAGAGGCGGAGUGGCCGCAGAAAAACCAGCACGUUGAAGAAGACGCUCAACCCUGUUUAUGACCAAUCAUUUGAGUUUAGCGUGUCUAUAGUGGAACUGCACAGGAGAACUCUGGAUGUCGCUGUAAAGAACGGAGGUGGACUUCUGUCUAAACCCAAAGUACUGUUGGGCAAGGCCCUUGUGGAUUUGGGAAAGGAAGACAUUUCUAAGGGAUGGACUCUAUGGUAUAAUCUGACCGAGGAUGGAUCAAAGAAAACAAUUUAGAUGUAAUGGUCCAUAUUUUAGAGCAGGGGAAAAAAACAUUGAAACUGUGGAUAACUGGGACACCAGUAUGUCUGCACGAGAAGAUCUAAAGCUGUGGAGAAGCAUUCAGUUAGCAGAAGAGCUGUGUUUAGCUAACUAAACCAGGCUACAUCUACUGGGAUACAUUGGCCUAAAAAAUGUGUUUCUUAUUCUCAUCAAAGCUUCAAAUUGCCACAUAAAGCCUAAACCUCACUUCUCGGUGUACCCUCAUUUUCCCCACAGACUCAAAAAACAAAUCAAAUCCUUUUUUUAACCAUCUAUUCACUGCACAUAUAACAUGUUGUUUCACCUUUACACUUUAACCAGAGAAUUGACUCUUGCGUAACUAUAAAGCAACAGAAUCCUUUGACUGACACCUCCUUGUCGGAAUACAUUUUUAAAUACAUAUUACAAAAAUCACAGUGUUAUGUUAUAGAAGGCUGACUUUUUCAUGUUGUUGGAAAGUCAGAUAUGUUCUUGUAGCAUUUUUGUAGGCAGAAGAUUCCAUACAACAUGGCCAAAGAGGUGGUUUUGGGUCGCAUUUGCAAAUGUGGGUUGCAAAUGAAACCCUUCACAUGUAUGUAUAUGCGAUCACUUUUCCCUAGGUUUUAUGCUGCUGUGAUUUUGAUCUUUACCUUGACCAUACCAAAUCAAGGUACCUCUGUUUUUUUAUCACCUAUGCUAAUGGCAAAUUCUUGUUUUCUCUUCAUAAAAGAAUCCAUUGCUUAUACUUUAUUUUAAAAGUAUUUCACAUGUUUCCUAUUGCACAGCACACAAAUGCCUUUACAAGCUAAAUGUUUGAAACACAUUGUGUUUGCAAGAGUUUUAUCAGAUUGUAUUAGAGCAAGGAAGCAAACAAUGUGGAGCGUGAACUGUAUGUGUUAUUAGUCUAUUCGCGAAGUGUUUUGUUUAUGAUUGUUUAAAGACUGUGAAAAGGCUGUUGAUGUGAUUUUCAGCCUUAUUUUUCUCUAUGCAUUGCGCAUGAUAUUACAGAAAUAUGAAAUUUGACUUGAAACUCGUCAGUUUCGACCCUCCGAGUAUAAUUUUCUCAGUAUCGGAUCAUAUCAGAGACACUUUUAGAAAUGUGCAUGAGGAACUUCUGUCUCCAGGGUGUUUUCAGAUGUGUCAAUCUUUUUAUGCUGUUAAGGUCCAUUGUACUAUUUUAAUGCAAAACUGAAUGUUUUAUUAUUAAUAAUUAAAUAAUUAUAUUUAAUAUAUGACAAUUAUCAAUUAUUUAACUUAAUACUGUUAUGUUUUUAUUAUAUGCUUUAUAACAGGUUGUUUGUUGAAGUUUUAAAGCAACCUAAUAAAAUAUAAUGCAUAAGAA